GGGCAUGGGGCCAGCCCUGGGGCCGCCUGGGGACGGGUGCUCGUCUGGGACAUUCUGCCCCCGUGCCACCAGAGCCCCACGGAUCCUCGGUGUCACCGCCUGCCCCACGGUCUCGGUGCCAUGCAGAUCCUGAGGUGCCCAGCCCAGCUGCGGCUUCUGGAGGAGACCCUGCGGAAGAGCCUGCCCACCACCCUGCCGGUUCUGGGGACUGUGGUGACGGUGGCCCGGGGGAACCCGGCCGCCCACGAGGUGCUGGUGGACUCCUGGCCCAAUUUUGGCAUCGUCCUGACCCGCCUGCGCCCAGAGGAGCACAAGGACCCCAGGGAUCACUACCUCAACCAGCUGGCCGUGUUCUACCGGGACGAGGGGGCCCUGCAGGCGCUCCUGGGGGGCACCGAGGCAGUGGUCCAGGGACGAGCCUUCCAGAUACUGGGGAUGCAGGAGGGGCUGGAUGAGGCCGUGCGAGAGGCGGCCGGUGCCAAGGGGCUGCAGGUGGAGACGAUCCGGUACCUGGCAUUGAUGAGCCCUGAGCCCCCCCGACCCCGUGGGCAGUUGCCCCCGGGCCUGCGCCUGGCACCCGUGUCCCCAUCCCACGUCCCGCUGCUCAACGCCACGUGGGCCUUGGGCGGCAAUGCCCGCAGCCGGGCGUUCCUGCUGGGGCUGGUGCGGGCGCUGCCCUCCGCCUGCCUGCUGGGCCCGCGCGGCCGCCCUGUGUCCUGGAGCCUGCUGGACGGCCAGGGCUGCCUGCGCCACGGCUACACGGUGCCCGCCUGGCGCGGCCGCGGCCUCACCGGCAUCACACUGGCCGCCAUGGGCCGGGCGCUGCACGCCCGCGGCUUCCCCAUCUACUGCUGCACGCUGCCCCAAAACACGGCCUCGCUCAGCGCCCUGCAGGCCAUCGGCUUCGUCACACAGCCCGGAACCUUCUACAUG